CUGAAAGACUGCCUAGAUCCGGCGACAAUGAAGUCUCUCGCUCUUGCCCUCCUCGUUGGAGGUGCAAUCGCCUCUGGGCCGCAGCAGCAGGUCCUUCGGGAACCUGUAGACGACCCCCAAGCUGCUGAAACACCCCUUCAAAAGAUCAGCGAUAUUUUUGGCCAUCUGAGCGAACAAGCCGGCAAUGUCUGGGAAGACGUGAUGGACAAAUUCCCAGACACUCUCAUGGAUGCCAUUACUCAGACUCCCCCACCCAAGAAACAUAACCGUCGCCCGGAUUCCCAGUGGGACCACAUCGUCCGCGGUUCCGACGUCCAGGCUGUCUGGGUGGAGGGAGACGCUGGAGAGAAGCAUCGCAAAGUCGGUGGAAGACUUGAUACUUAUGACUUGAGGGUCAAGGCUGUUGACCCGUCCAAUCUUGGUAUUGAUACUGUCAAGCAGUAUAGCGGUUAUCUCGAUGAUAACGAGAACGAUAAACAUCUCUUCUACUGGUUCUUCGAGUCUCGCAACGACCCGAAGAAUGAUCCUGUUGUUCUCUGGCUUAACGGCGGUCCUGGUUGCAGUUCACUUACGGGCCUCUUUCUUGAAUUGGGUCCGUCAUCGAUAACAAAACAACUAAAGGUGAAAUACAACGAGUUCUCAUGGAAUUCGAAUGCGUCGGUAAUUUUCCUCGACCAACCAGUCAAUGUGGGGUACUCCUACAGUAGCAGCUCAGUGAGCAAUACACAAGCUGCCGGUAAAGAUGUCUAUGCUCUUCUCACGCUAUUCUUUGAGCAAUUCCCGGAGUAUUCCCAGCAGGACUUCCAUAUUGCCGGCGAAUCUUACGCGGGACAUUACAUCCCAGUCUUUGCUUCCGAAAUCAUGUCGCAUUCACACCGCAAUAUCAACCUCAAGUCCAUUCUGGUUGGGAACGGAUUGACCGAUCCUCUCUCUCAAUACCCACACUACAGACCCAUGGCAUGCGGUGAAGGUGGGUACCCUGCGGUCUUGAGUUCGUCCAGCUGUCAAGCUAUGGAUAAUGCACUUCCCCGUUGCCUUGCCAUGAUCCAAGCUUGCUACAACACUGAGAGCCGAUGGUCCUGCGUUCCCGCUUCUAUCUACUGCAACAACGCGUUGAUCGGCCCUUACCAACGCAGCGGUAUGAACCCUUACGAUGUACGAUCCAAGUGCGAGGGCGGUAACCUCUGCUACACCCAACUAGAUGACAUCAGCAAAUACUUGAACCAGGACGCUGUGAUGGAGUCACUGGGUGCCGAAGUCAGCAGCUACGAAUCCUGCAAUAUGGAUAUUAACCGCAACUUCCUCUUCCAAGGCGACUGGAUGCAACCGUACAUGCGUGUCGUACCGACGCUUCUCACUCAAAUGCCCGUUCUUAUUUAUGCUGGUGAUGCUGAUUUCAUAUGUAAUUGGCUGGGCAAUAAAGCCUGGACGGAGGCACUCGAGUACCCCGGCCAUGACGAAUUUGCGGCGGCUGAAAUGAAGAACUUGACUAGCCUGAAUCAUGAAGAUAUGAAGGUUAUCGGCCAAGUGAAGUCCGCGGGCAACUUCACCUUCAUGCGUCUUUUCGGUGGCGGACAUAUGGUCCCGAUGGAUCAACCUGAAGCGAGUUUGGAAUUUUUCAACCGCUGGCUGGGCGGCGAAUGGUCGGCUAAGUCGCCCUAGAAGUUCCCAUUCUAUUCAUUUCAUAACGUUAGCUGCAUCUAGAGUCUUUAGGAGUGGGCAGUCGAAGUGGGCACCCGAAGCUUCCCGUCAUUUAUGUGAGCUUCUAUUUUACGAGGUAUAUUAUAUUUGAUAGUAUCCACGACGAUACUUCCGGGAAACAUCUCAUGGGGUGUUAAUCUUGACUUUUUCAUUUGAAAGGGGUUUGUUUAAUUUGCAGUUAUUGAUUAUUUGUGUUCUACUUGCAAACUGAUUUUCCGGGGUUUUCUUUUCUUUAUUCACAACCACACAGCUCUCUCUCUCUCUCUCUCGGUUUCAUGAUUACAAUUUCCUUCAGUUCUAGUCACUCACACAAGAAAAGAAAGAGGCAAUGCAUUCGCCUGACUACUCAUGUACACUAUAACUAGAGGAAAUAGCAACAGGUAUAAAAUAUCUAUGGUAGACAUGUC